AUGGAGUCGCUGCUCUCGCUCUCGUUCGAUAACAUAUCAUCAAGAGACGGCCACAAGAUUCGCAAAGGCCUCCGACAGAUCGAGGGUCUUCUAGCACAGAUAUGCCUAUCGAAAGCCAGCUCGCGGUCGCCGCAUAAGAGGAAAUCCUCCGCGUUGGAGCUUGACCGCAAACCAAAUGUCACAAAGCAGUUGGGCGAGCUGCGACACGAUCCGGCGUUUCGAGAGUUCUUUCGAUUACAGGAAGGCUUUCAGUGGAAUGUGGCUUCCAGGCUCGUUCAGACACUUGAAACACUCAUGGGCAUGGGAAACCCAUCAGAGACCGACCUCCUCAUUCUGCAAGCACUAGACCUGUUGCAAGGCAUCCUCAUGCUGCAUCCACCAUCGAAGUGUCUCUUCAGCCGCGAGAGCCACAUGAACCUCCUCCUCGAUCUGCUCGACUCGAUGAAUCCUCCCAAAAUCCAGUCUCAAACGCUCCUCGUUCUGGUCGCCGCUCUGCUCGACAUGCCCCGAAACACUCGAACCUUUGAAUCGAUCGAUGGCUUGCUCACCGUGACGAGCCUCUUCAAGAGUCGGUCCACCACGAAGGAGGUGAAGAUGCGCUCCCUCGAGUUUUUGUACUUCUAUCUCAUGCCGGAAGCGGCACUCUCACAGGCGUUCACGAGCGCGAGUGCACCCAAUACUGCCGUCUUGCAGCGGGGAACGGAGAUCAAGAGUUUCACUGCUCUCGCAUGUCAUGCUCGAACACAUUCAGGAGAUGCUAUGGACAUGGACGAUGACGAGGACAUGGAUGCCAGAUCGACUGAAGACAAGCAAAUGAUGCUGGGGCAGUAUCUUAGCAAUGUUGAAGAGCUGGUACAAGAUCUGCACGAGAGUGGACCAUUCGGAGGCGUGGAGCCAGUAUAA